AUGGACGGCGCGCAUAUCCUUGGAGCCGAGUUUGCCCGCGCUAUCAAUAAAAAGUAUGGCAUCAAACCUAACGACGUGGUAUCAAUUGUAGCCAAGGACAAGGUGACUGAUACCCCCGGCUUCCCUUCUCUGCACCUCCUCAUAACGGAUGGAGCGCUUCUUGAUGUGUCCGAAGUCGCAUCUGGGCUAAUCGGUGGCGUCCCCAUUAUCACUCUGGACAAGGCAGACGGCGAAACCACCACUCUCGAGGAUCUGCUACGGCAAGUACAGCCAGGCGUCGCGACUUUCGACCUGAAUAGUCAUGAGGACGCCGAAGCCCACGACGCCUUCAUCAACCGUACUAGCGGUUCCACCGGCACCAUGAAGUCAGUCCUCAUUUCCCACGGUCAUUACAUUGCAGCUCUCGAGGGGACCCUACGGACAAUACCCAGCAGCACCGACCCUUCGAAAGAUGUAUGGUUGGCCAGCUCUUCCCUGGGAUACCUGAUAAACGCCAAGCUCUUCAUGUCGCUCAAUAUCCUCCUCGGUAUCCCCGUAGUCCUAAUGCCAGAACCGCUUGACGAGACAUCCGCGUCAAUCAUCAAGCGGCAUCUGAUCACAUUCAUUCUUAUCUUCCCGCCCCUGGUAGCCAAGCUUGCCAAAUCAAACCUGGACCCGGAAGACGUAAGUAGCAUCAAAUGGCUUCUUUCAGCCGGCGCCGUCGUCCCAGAGAACCUCCGUCGGGCCAUCUCGACCAAAUUCCCCACUGUCGAGCUAACUCUCGAGUGGGGGACGACGGAGACGAUGCUCAUUGCCAUCCAGAUCAGUGACGCAGUCUCCCGCCGACCCGGGUCUAGCGGGACUCUAGUCAACGGCAUGCAAGCGCGCGUAAUCAGCACGCAGACGGGGCAGGACCUGGGACCCAAUGAGCCCGGGGAGAUUCUCGUGCGCAACUCGCUCGCUCGUUUCCGAGGCUACAAGGACAACGUGGAGGCGAACCGGGAGUUCGACGAAGAUGGCUGGUUCCAUACCGGCGACUACGGCUACAUCGACGAGGACUGCAACGUUUAUAUUGUCGACCGGCUCAAGGAGCUCCUCCGCGUUGGGGAUGGCUACGGAAGUCGCAUCAGCGCCUCGGAGCUCGAAAAUAUCAUCUUUGAACAUCCCGCCGUACACACGGUGGUGGUUGUCGGUAUCUGGGAUGAUAUUUCGGCUACUGAGCUUCCCACGGCGUUUGUCGUGCCCCAACACCAAUAUCUUGAUCGUCCUGGCAGUGACCUAGCGAGGGAGAUCGAACAAUUUGUUGCUACCAAGCUGACGGGGCUGAAGAGCUUGACUGGCGGGGUUUAUUUUGUCGAUUCUCACCCAACGACAGGUUUCAAGAUUAACCGUCGUGCCCUGAAAACACUCAAUAGGGACCCCGUCUCGAGGCGGGUGGUGUGGGAAGAUGAACUGAACAAAGUUGGGUGUUUUGUGCCGCAGGGCGGCACCGGCGAUGGGUCUGUUACGCCUAUCGUUCUGCCAGCAGGACAGCUCAUCACAUCCUAA